GAAAUUAUAUUAAGAAUUUUAGUUAAAAAAAAAAAACAAAAGUCUUUUUCAACCGUACCUGUAUUUUGUUACCUAUUUAUUAGAAAUCUCAAUCAAAGGUUUAAAAUCAAGUCCGAAAUGAAAAGUUUUCUAGCCGAAUGAAUUGGUUUGUUUUUAUUGUCAACUUAAUCAUCUGUAAAAGUUAUGAUAAGAUUUACUCAUAAAUUCAGUUAACACUGUUAAUUAUUAAUCAGUAUAAGUAUAAGUAGUCUUAUGUAAAAAGUGAGAGAUGUCAAAUUAAUGAUGGUAAAUGAUAUCAGGUUGACUGGCGUUAUAGUAGUUUGAACAUUAGACAUAGAAUCAUCAACAUGAACGAUAAUUAUGUACAUGUUGAUAACAAUGUAUUCUAUGUUUCUGAAAAUAUCAUAGGUCCUUGUGACCAGAGUGCUGAUUACAAGCUAUUGGAUAAUGAAUUUAACUCAGUGUAUGAGGAGCAUUGCCAUUGUAAGGAGAUCUGUGUCCAAGCAACUUGCUUGUGUCUUCAGAGAUCCUGUGGUGACAACUAUCUUAUUUGUGAGACUGAUGGUCAGUUGAAGAACAAAGUUAAAUCAUAUCCAAUUUUUGAGUGCAGUGACAGCUGUUCUUGUUCAACAGAUUGUGGUAAUAGGGUUGUACAAAAAGGACCUCUUGAAGGCCUUGAUAUCAGGAGAUGUGAGAAAGGAUUUGGUCUUUUUGCAACAUCUUUUAUUCCCUCUGGAACAUUCAUAUGUGAAUAUGCAGGAGAAGUAAUUACUCCGAGCCAGGCAUCUGUAAGACACCAUAACAAUAAGUUGCAAGGCAAAAUGAAUUACAUAUUUUAUCUUAGAGAGCUCUCUGGGCAUCAUCCUAUAGUGACUAUUAUUGAUCCAAGUACAUUCGGUAAUAUUGGAAGAUAUAUCAAUCACAGUUGUGAGCCCAACUGUCACAUUGUCCCGGUUAGAUGCGGUAGUCCUAUUCCGAAGCUAUCAAUAUUUGCCUGUGCAGAUAUUUCACUAAAUGAAGAAAUAACAUUCCACUAUGGCUUGAAUGAUGAUAAUAAUCCUGCAGCCAAGAGUGACCGCAUUUCUUGUUUGUGUAGAAGUAAGAAUUGUUGUGGUUUUAUGCCUUUUCACAUAUAUUAAUUAAGGGUUAAGCCAAACGAAGAAAAGGAGGACUGAAACAGAAAAGGAAUUAUCUAUUUAUGAAAAAUACCUUAUGUAACUAUACAGAAGCUGAUAAAAAUGUAACAAAAAUGUAUAUAAUUAUUUAUAAACCAAAACAAUUAAAUAGCUAAUAAUUUACAAUUUUUUUUUUGUUAAAAUAAUAGGUCUUUACAUAUGAAAUUGCCGUUUUGUAUGAAAAAAUUUUAACGUUUUUUUUUUCAUGUAUUUUUUAUUUGUAUUUAUCAAAGUAAUUACCCAUGCAAUCAAUGCUUCUUUGCAAACGCAGUGGCAGUGAAUUGAUGCCCUUCUUAAAGAAAUUAGCUGGACCAUAUUAUAUAUUAUAUUAGCAACCAUUUGUUUAAAGGCAUUUUUUACUGCCUCUCGGGUACUGAAUUUUUUACCCGACAAAAACUUAUCCAAAUUCUGGAAAAAGUUGGGGCACAUGGUCUGGUGACUGGCGGACGACGGAAAAAUUCAUUCAUUUGUGUGUGUGUUGAGCAGUGCAAGGCUCGUCUCGACGCGUACUUCGCGCUAGCGUUCAUUGAGUUCGUGGGACACCCAUAUGUUAAGCUUUUUUACCUUGCCAAUUUGACGCAAAUGGAUCAAUAUUGUUUUGACGCUAACGUCGAAAGCUUUAGCCGUAGAUUGUGUAUCAUCAGCUUCCACAAUCGCCUUUAAUUCAUCGUUGUCGACCAAAGUCUUCGGUUCAACUUUCAGGUCGAAAUUUCCAAAACGGAAGCGAGGACACCAAUAACAGGUGGUGCGUUGCUUGCUACACCAUUGUAGUCAUAUUCCAUAGUUAGGUACUUGAUUUUUUAACGUAUCCAUGAUAAAGAAGAAGAUUGAAAUGCGAUGACAAUGUAGCACUAAUCAAUUAACUAAUGACUACUUUUGGAAGAAGAAUUCUGUUUUUUAAAUAAAAUUAAUUUGAAAUUACAAUUCUUAGCCAAACAAAAAAUAUUAUGAUUCGAAAUGGCCAUUACCGCAGAACGGCAAUUUCAUAGGUAAAGACCUAAUAUAAGCCUACUGAUGUAUGACAUAAUUAAGUAUCUUUUAUAUUUUUUUGUACAGAUAAGAAUAAAUAACAGUCAUAGUAUUA